AUGCUUCUGCCUUCAAUUGUUGGCGCCGUUGGCCUUCUUGGCACGGUUGCUGAAGCUGCUCCUCGCGGUUCUUGGUUCGGUAGAGCUCAACCUAGAGUUGCUCGAUCUGUCAAUGACUAUGCUCCUCCCCGCUACACUCCCAUCAACAGCUACAUUGCCCCCAAGAACACAACUACCCCGGCUAUUAACACAACUACCCCAGCUAUUAACACGACAACUCAUGAGCCAACCCUUCAUUGUCCUACCGGCUAUAUCUUUACCUCUAUCAGGACUGUCGACGUCACAGUUACCGUUACUGCUUCUUCCGACAGGUCUUACUACACCACCGAAGUCUGCAAAGACUGCACUCAAACUGUGACCAUCAGCAACACCGUCCUUGUUCCUCCCACCAAGUAUGCUUCCACUCUCCCAUACGGCGAAGAGAACACUCGUUCUCCUUACCAUCCCGUCAACUCGACCUAUGCGGCACCUUAUCAGACCAAGACUGGAAAUGACUAUCCUUGCACGAACUCUACUCUUGGGUUUUCAUUCUCUACGCCUGUUGAUCAGCAUGCUUCGCCUACUGCAUACCAGCCUCCUAGACAGAGUGUAGUCUACAGUACCCCUGGCGGUCAGGUGUCUCCUCCUGUCUACACCAAGCCUGUACACUCGGAUCCUACUUACCGUAACUCGACUGGUACACCUUCUGGCUAUGUCCUUCCUGUCUACACCAAGCCCGCCUACUCUUCUGUCGCUUCUGGCAACGGAAAAGUUCCCGUGGACACUAAGCCUGCCCAGUCUCCUCCAGUCUACUCAGCUCCUAACGGUUACAACUCGAGCAUCGUGGCGCCUAUCCGCACCAAGCCCGUGGAUACACCAGUCUACUCAGCCCCAGUCGAUGCGAAGCCUGUCUUUCCUGGUAACACUCCAGUCGUUACUCCUCCCGUAUACACCAAGUCUGCUGAAACUCCUGUGUACUCGGUUCCUGUCUACACCGAGCCUGUUCUACCUCGCAACUCUUCUACUGUCGACCCUCCUGUCGACACCAAGCCUAUUGAGACCCCCAUCUACACGCCUCCAGUCUACACAAAGCCAGCUUACCCUGACCCUGUUAUCCCUCGUAAAUCUUCAACUGUUGAGCCUCGUGUCGUCUCUUCAACCACACAAGACGCAGUCUACACCCCACCAGUCUACAACAAGCCCGUGUAA